GCGGGCAUCCUUGGAUUCUGCUCUUCUUGGCACGGGCCCACUGCACGAACAACUUAAAGGGGACAACAAUGGUGCACGCCUCGGCGGCUCAAUCCGUGGCUGCUGGCCGUUCAGGGGACCGGGGACUGUGGUCAAUGUGACAUUCACUCGCACGCUGGUGUUGAGUUUAUUGUUCUGGUUCUAGACGCAGCGGAGCAGCGUUUCUUCUGAGAAGAUGUUGAGCAGAUUUAUGAGUGGCAGCAUCAGGAAUCUUGAGCGAGAAUACAGCUGCACCGUCAGACUGCUGGACGAUACGGAAUAUACCUGCACAAUUCAGCGGGAUGCAAAGGGACAGUAUCUGUUUGACCUCAUCUGCCAUCACCUCAACUUGCUGGAGAAAGACUAUUUUGGCAUCAGAUAUGUUGAUCCAGACAAGCAGCGGCACUGGUUGGAAGUCACAAAGUCAAUCGCAAAGCAAAUGAAAUCUCAGCCUCCUUUCACCAUGUGUCUGAGAGUCAAGUUCUACCCUCCUGAGCCUGCUGCUCUCAAGGAGGAAAUCACUCGAUAUCUUGUCUUCCUGCAAAUUAAGAGAGACCUCUACCACGGUCGGCUCCUGUGCAAAACCUCGGACGCAGCCAUGUUGGCUGCCCACAUCCUUCAAGCUGAGAUUGGUGACUAUGACCCUGGGAAGCAUCCUGAAGGUUACAGCUCCAAAUUCCAGUUCUUCCCUAAACAUUCGGAGAGGCUGGAGCGUCGGAUUGCCGAUUUACACAAAACAGAGCUGAUCGGACAGACACCUGAAACAUCAGAGAGAAAUUUCCUACAGAAAGCCCAGAUGCUGGAGACAUAUGGUGUUGAUCCACAUCCAUGCAAGGAUGUGUCUGGGAACCCAGCCUUCCUUGCCUUCACACCGUUUGGUUUUGUGGUUCUUCAGGGAAACAAGCGAGUUCAUUUUCUCAGAUGGAACGAGGUGACCAAACUGAAGUUUGAAGGCAAGACUUUCAAUGUAUAUGCAAAUCAGAAGGAGAUCAUCUUGACGUACUUUGCACCCACACCAGAGGCUUGCAAGCACCUUUGGAAGUGCGGAGUGGAGAACCAAGCUUUCUAUAAACUUGAGAAGUCAAGUCAGGUUCGCACUGUGUCCAGCAGCAACCUGUUCUUCAAGGGCAGCCGUUUCCGAUACAGUGGACGAGUGGCAAAAGAGGUGAUGGAGCAGAGUUCCAAAAUCAAACGCGAACCUCCAGAAAUACACAGGUCUGGCCUUGUGCCUAGCAGAAGUUGUCCAUCCAUCACCCACGGGCCCCGCCUCACCAGUGUACCUCGCACGCGUCGGAGAGCGGUGCACAUAUCCAUCAUGGAAGGUCUGGAGUCAUUGCGUGACAGUGCCCACUCCACACCGGUGCGUUCAGUGUCCCACGGGGAAUCGUUCAUGCCACGCUCCCGGAGCCAGGCCACAGUUGGCAGCGAGCGCACGGCGGUGAUCUCAGACGAGGCCUACAGCCCCUCCGACAGUGUCCUGCCCACGCCCGUGGCCGACCACAGCAUGGAGCAGGCUGUCUCUCGGCAGAUUAACGGGGCGCCCUGCAGCAUCGAGGAGGAGAAGGAGUCGGAGGCGGGCACCCCCAUGCGUGGGGAAGUGGGUGAUUUUGGUGGUGCACAGGAGGGUGCAGGGGGGGACUUGUCCCUCAGCGAGGUGGAACAGGUGAAUAAAUUUGUCUUAAGUGUCCUCCGUUUGCUGCUUGUGACCAUUGGACUCCUCUUUGUCUUGCUCCUCCUCCUCAUCAUCCUCACAGAGUCAGACCUUGACAUUGCAUUUUUACGUGAUAUCCGCCAGACACCCGAGUUUGAGCAGUUCCAUUAUGAAUACUUUUGUCCCCUCAGGCGGUGGUUUGCCUGCAAGCUCCGCUGGGUGGGCGGGUUGCUCAUUAACAAGUGAGAGUGAGGUCGUAAAGUUCGUAAGCCCGUUCGUUGGGUCUGGAAAGACGGUUAGGACUCCGGAGUGAUGGAGGGCAGCUUCGGCAAACCCAUGAACCCUGCUUCUCCCAUCAUCCUCCUGCAGACAAACAGCUCGGACCACUCUUGGUAACAAACCGGGCCAGGCUCUCUCUCCUCCUCCUCCUCCUCCUCCUCCUCCUCCACUUUGAGUUAACCCUCCCACCCAAACCAACCACCUCCACUUUUUGCUUGCGUUUUUUUUUUUUUUUUUAACA